UGGAAAGCCGGCCGCCCACCCGAACUCCCGCUUCUGCACGCCCGCCUCGCAGUGUCCGGUGAUUGACCCGCUGUGGGAGGACCCGAAGGGCGUCCCCAUCAGCGCCAUCAUCUUUGGCGGCCGCCGACCCGAGGGCGUCCCGCUCAUCUACGAGUCCUUCAACUGGGAGCACGGCGUCAUGGUGGGCGCCUCGCUGCGCUCCGAGGCGACCGCCGCCGCCGAGCACAAGGGCAAGGUCAUCAUGCACGACCCCUUUGCCAUGCGACCCUUCUUCGGCUACAACUUUGGCCACUACCUCGCUCACUGGCUCAGUUUCCAGAAGAAGGCCAACCUGCAGCUCCCGAAGAUCUUCCACGUCAACUGGUUCCGCAAGGACGCACAGAGUGGCGAGUUCCUUUGGCCCGGUUUUGGAGAGAACUGCCGAGUGCUCGACUGGGUCCUCCGACGAUGUGACGGUCAGGAUGUGGCGCAGAAAUCGCCCAUCGGUCUGAUCCCGAAGCGCGAGGCUUUCCUCCUCGACGGCCUGAAGAACGUCGACUUUGAUAAGCUGUUUGACAUUCCCAGCGAGUUCUGGCAGACGGAGGUGCAGUCCAUUCGCAAGUACUUUGAUGAGCAGGUGGGCGCCGACCUGCCCGCCGAAAUUGCCGACCAGCUGAAGCAGCUGGAGGCGCGUCUCAAGAACUAA